CGAAUUCUCGAUGUCACGUGGGACGCACGAGAAUUUCGAUGUGACAACUGCAUAGUCUGGAAAUGGAAACACCAUCAAGUGUGUGCUAGAUGUGAAAAGCUAGUAUGGAUGACAAGCUCAAAAUGGAUGGCAGGGCACUGCCAAGAAACAGAACAACCUCAGGGAGCUCCUUCUUCUAUGGCAGAAGAGCAGGACACUCAAAUUUCAGGGGACCACCACCUGUGCACGAACCAUAUACACAGUGGACACAAUUCAGUGGUAUGCCCACCCACAGUGGAUCACCUUCCUCUCUGCAACAAGUACUAGACUCCUUGGACACACCUGAUACCUCUUCAGGAUAUUUGUUCAAAAACUUGUCUACAGGAGAUGGGCUACACUCUACAGGUGUCCUGCCCUCAGGAAGUGUAGCAGCCAGCCAUUUUGAAAACACACACAUAAAUUUCUCCCACAGUUCGUGCCAGCCACAAAUGCAAUAUUCAGAGCAAGGGUGGGGUAUGAAUGAACUACCACAGACCAGCAGAUGCCAGGCUUUUGAGUGUGGGUCACCUGCUGAAGUGGACUUUUCCAUGUCUCGUUGCCAACACCUGCCCUCACAUUCUCACUCUGCUCAUAUUCCUACAUCACAUCCAUUUCCAUUUCCUGGAAUGUCUUCAGCAGUCUUGCCUUGUUCACCAGCAGCUGAUCAACACCAGGUUCUUCAUGCAGACUUUUCCCAGCCACCUCCUUCCAGCGAUUAUUUCAGGACUGUGAUUGACUUCUCCCGUCCACCUCCACCAAUGAAAGAUGUUGCUUUCCAUACAUCACCUUUAGAUCACCACACUUCUCUGCAUCCAGAAUAUCUUCGCUCAGGAUCCCAGCACAACAUUGGUUCUGCUGUCUCUGGCUUUCCUAGUGAUGCCAGACCAACAUCGCAGUGGUUUGGUUCUGAAAUUGAUCAAAGUUUGGAUCGAGAUCUACCAGAAUCUGAUGAUUGUUUCAGAAGUGAUAUAGGAGUAAAUAUUCCUCCUAGAUUUAGUCCUUUCAUGGGAGUUGGUGAAGGGUUGCAUGGGUCAGAACCCAAGCACACUUUUGUUUCUGACUCAGUACCAUGCAGUCCAGGCUUCCAAAAGGCACCCAGAAAGAUUACACGGCAGUAUUCCGAACCUGUCACUUCAACAGUAAAAACAACAGAAGAAGAGGCAGCAUAUGUAGAGGUUGUGGAACGGUCAAAUUCAUUUGGUCCUUCCUGCGAACAGUUAAAACAAGCCGAGGAUGCACAAAAACAAAAAGACAGAUGUACAGAAAAUCCAGCAUCAAGUACCGCUUCUGAGUGUCUACCCAACAAGCCUGUAAGAAGUGUAGCUUCAAGACCGUCUUAUUCUGAUGUGGCUAAAUCAACAAAAAUGAAAAACCCUCAUCAGAAAACUGAUUGUUUGUUUGGAAAGGAGCGAGAAGAAGCUGAACAUGUACUCAAAAGAAAAAGUUUGGAAACAGCUCCUCCAAAACCCUUUUUCAAACCUAGUCAAAAGUCUCAGGUCCAUUCCAAAUCCUCAACACGGACCAGGCCAGUUUCCUCUGAUACAAGCCAAAACUUUACGCUGCCUCACUCCAAGUAUGGGCUGGAUCAGUUUGAGGAUAUGGCAAGCAGUCUCUCCCGAGGUGGGUCACACAGCAGCAGCAUCGAGAGCUUGACGUCUCAACACCACCAUCACAAGUCAAGGAGCCCCAUAACCAUUUUGAACAAUGGCAAGCCAAACAACACCAGCAUCAAAGUUGCAGCAGCAGCUCAUAAGAAGGCAGAUUACAUCAACAAUGACCUGCGGGAAACAGGCAGCAGUAGCAGCAGCAAGCGCACCAACCAAACAGCUGCCCUCAAUCGGCAGAGUGCUAGCACUGCUGAGGAGAACCAAGAUCGAUCAUUUCUUGAUUACUUUGACUGGGUGUUAAUAGAUGAGUGGUUGAAAUAUUUUGCAGCACGGGGCCAGAUAAGUUGGGUCCAGUCUUAUCUCUGCUGUCCUCACCUUGCUGCUGUACCUGCUAGGCAUCAUCAUGUAUCUGGUGACUGGCAUGAUCCACCUCAUGGUAGUGAGCAUCAGCAAAAUUUGGGGACUUGCAAAGUCAAGCUUUUUAAAGUUGACGUGAACAGCCAGGGUGCUGAUGGGUGGAACAAUGGCUUUGAUUCUCGAAGGCGGAGCGGACUUGAGGAAAAUAUAGCAUUGCCUGCAACAGGAGAGGAGGCUAUGAAAAGACUCCUUGCCUGCAAAGGGAAGGAUCCCUAUAGCAUAUUAGGUUUGCGAUCAGAUGCAACAGACGAAGAUAUUAAACGCUAUUACCGCAAGCAAGCAGUCUUGGUACAUCCUGACAAGAACCAAGAACCUGGUGCAGAAGAAGCCUUCAAGAUUUUAGGACAUGCCUUUGAGAUGAUUGGUGAACCAGCAAAGCGCAAGCAAUAUGAUGCUCACAUUUUAGAAGCCACUGAAGCUGAAGCAGCUAUGAGAGAGUUCUCGGAUUUACUUACGAAACUCCAAGAAAAGAUCCAAGAGGCGGCUAACAUGAUGAGAUGUGAGCAUUGUGGAGGAAAACAUAAGCGCAUUCCUGUUGAUCGUCCUUGGUGUAGUGCUCGGUACUGUGAUAGAUGCAACAUUCACCAUACUGCCAAAGAGGGCGAUGUCUGGGCUGAGACAUCUAUGCUAGGAUUUCUUUGGCACUAUUAUGCCUGUAUGGAAGGCAAGGUAUACGACAUCACUGAAUGGGUGUCUUGCCAGCGUGACAGCUUUAAACACAUGAAGGCCAAUGCUCAUCCUGUAUUCUACCGAAUCCAGACAGAUGGAAACAGACGUCACCGGACAGGACAGUCUGGGGAAGCACACUUAGAAGACUUUAUCAAUCAGCUGUUCAAUAAAGCUUCCAUGCAACCAGAUGGCUUCUCACACCCAGAAUGGCAUUCUGGGACAGGGAACCAAAGUGCCUGGACUGGACCAAGUGCUGGAAAUGCCAAACGCUCACGCCGAAGAAAAAGGAAAAACUAAUGCAAUCUGCUGUUUGAAAGUAACGGCCUGUACCGAUCAUGCUUGGCACCUGCUGAUUGAGGAACAAGAGUGGUCACCUGAUGCAAUAGCUUUGUUGCACGACUUCUGUAAAUCAGUCUGGAAACUGCUGUGAUUUUGAGUAAAGUGUCGCUUUUGCAGAACCCUUGCAUUCUUCCCAUCUUGGCUGCAGUUUUGUGCAGUCAUUUAAUUAUUGCUGGCAACGAUUGCAGACUUUUUGCUAAACAGAAAUUUAACUCGUCACUAACAAAUCAUGAACAGUACAUGUGCUUCUUCUUGCUAAUGCUUGCCUUUGGUUGUUAUUUUUCGAGACAUUUUGUGGGGAGGUGGCAUUUACACUCUACUAUAAUUAUAAUGCACACCUUGCUCAGGUCUUGAGGCCAGCUCACCUUCUCAUUUCGCUGAUCAGCUGCUAACCAGCUGUUACUUGUGUCUCUUCAUUCUAGGACUUGCUUGUGCUUUAGGCUUUAAUUUCUUUUUUUUUAUGUUAGUCAGCUGAGUAUAUGGGGUGAGGGUACUCUUUCUGCCUGCAGAUCAAGCUGUGACUAGUUUUUUACUUCACCUGUAUUGGAAGACAACGUUGAGAUGAUUACUGAUUCAUUUGAGUUUUGUGUACGGUAAGUGGUGAUUUACAGAGAGAAACAAAUUAGGAUAAAAGUAAUCAUGAAACUGUGUUGCUGGUCAUGAGGGAAGGUUUGGUAGAACAUUUCAUUAUAAUUCAAAUUCCCCUUGGUUUUUGUUUUUCCUCCCUUGUUAGCAGCAAACGUAUGGAAGAAGGCAUAAUCGACCAAGCCAGUGACUUCCCUUGUGAAUUUAUGACCAACCUAAACAUCUCUUUUUAUCCUUUGGAUGCAUGCCACUCUUUUCGAGAAAGUUCACCUAUUUUUGAUCAAGUCUACAACAUUUAAGAGUCUAGCUACUCUGUAUUAUGAUGUGGUAUUGCAUGCUUAUCUAUUUUUAGUAGUACAUGAUUAUUUGUAAAUGAAAUAGCUUUUACACUUUCUAAGAUUUAUAAUUGUACUUCAUAUGCUUAGAAAAUUAAGAAAAGAUUAUAUCAAAUUUGCAUCAGGUAGAUGUUGGUAAAGAUUGUGUAAGGUCACAUGUUUGCUUUUGUACGACUGUUGCAGAUUUAACUAACAAUUAUCAGGAAAUAAAGAUUCUGUUUUGCAGCCUGGAAGCUUUCUAUCUGGAUCUGGGAUCCUUGUAAGAACAGUCAAAUGUUAAUGAUCCAGCUAUUUAUUACACUAUUUUGCACAGGUAGGGCUUGUUGCCCAGUAUUCUAACACACAGAUUUUACUUUCAAAUUUAACUUUAAGGUGAGGUGCACUGAUAUUGCUCAAGUCCAUGAUAUGUAACAACCUGUCCCGUUCUCACACCCAACAGAAUAUACAAGGUACACAGAAGAGCACUUAGAAAUUGUACACAUUAGACAGGUGUUAGACAUGGAUUAUCUUUAAAAAAAAA